CGUUUAUCAAUAAUACCGAGAAAAAAAACCAUGGGACAUCAUAGCGCAUGGUGAGAAGACAACACCAGGCCGGCGGAGUGAAAUCGAACAGUUUAGCAACAUAUAUUUGCCAUCUCUUAUUGCCGGCUUAAUUUCGUUAUUGCAAGACACGCAUAUCCCUAUCUCAACAGGGCCGAAUCACAUCUGAGAAUGCCGCCGUCAUUAGCUGUUACCAUGUCGCAGCUGAUGCGCCGACAGGCAGAAUCUGUAUUCCAAAAGAGAAUAUUCACCGGGAAGCCAUUUCUCAAGCGUCGAACGAUAUCCUUCCAGACAGUUCCGCAUACGAGAUCUAUCUCUCAACAAAGUCCCCGAGGCCAUCUCGCGACGAAAAGAAUCAACAAUCCCUUCUUCCGACGUCAUUUCUUCCAGCAGAGAUUCUCAUCUGCUCAAGCUCAAACACCACCACAGUCGUUGUCGCAGCGUCUAAAGAACUUGUCUCGCGAAUAUGGAUGGUCUGCCGUUGGUGUUUACUUGGCCCUUUCUGUGCUCGAUUUCCCAUUUUGCUUUGCGACAGUGAGACUUCUCGGCGUUGAACGGAUCGGUCAUUUUGAACAUGUAGUGAUGGAAAGAGUGAAGGGUGCAUUUGGGAACCUUUGGCCAUUGAAAAAGGACUCGGAUGACACAGCUGUGGGGACUAGGGAUGAUCUCAACGAGGAAAUAGAUGACCACGGCGUUAUUGAGGCUCGUAGGAGAAAUGCCGAAGAAGGUGCAAGCAUAUGGACUCAACUUGCCCUGGCGUACGCGAUCCACAAGAGCUUCAUCUUUCUCCGAGUACCUCUCACUGCUGCUGUGACACCGAAAGUUGUUAAGACUCUUAGGCGAUGGGGUUGGAAUAUCGGCAAGAAGACGCCCAAAGCAAAGUAAUAGGGCGACGCAAUCAAUCGGCCAUUCCUCUUAACGUCCACACGACAUAGUGGCCGCCCCUGCGCAACUCUCACCUCCUCUCACAUAAAGUCGUGGAUUGGAUGUAUUAUAUGUUUGGCUUACACUCUCCUCUGCUCUUGGGACUUCCACCAGAGAUUUAGAAAGAUCUGAAACCUUAAUGUUCUGCUAUAUUGACGUAAUGUAUUAUAGAGAUUACAAUAGAAUGAAGUAUAAAUAGGAAUCGUUUGCAGUCUACA